CAACGAAUGAAAUAAAAACACCAUCGCAACAUUUUUUUAAUAUUUAAUUUAAUUUACCCAUUUUUCCCGUUCGAAACAGUUUCAGGUGUUCUCGUUUGUUCCGCCGGAGCCGGAGAUCGCUUUGGACUAUCCUCAUCCACUCUCAAAUGAAUCAAUCUCAGCCUCAGCCUCAGCCACACCCCGAUCCAUCCAACCCCAUCCCUCCAAAACCAUCAUCGCUCUCCGAUCACACGGAUCCAGUUUCCAACCGUCGCUCAGACGACUACUCUCCCUAUCCCAAGCUUGACCCUAGCGACGUCGCUCCGCCGCCGGCGGAGGACUGGACCACCGUCCCCAUGGGCGCGAAUCCACCUCCACCCGCACCUGAGCCAAAAAACGACGCUCGGGCUCCGAUCUAUGAGGGAAAUGCCACCACUCUACCGACCGAAGCCAAUCCCUAUGUUUCUGCGGCUCCAGCCCCUGGAGGUCCUUCCACCAAGAAUACGAUGGAGUCCAUGAAGGUGAUGCUUGGGAGAUGGGGAAAGAGGGCAGUGGAGGCAACCAAGAAGGCCGAGGAUCUUGCUGGGAAUAUGUGGCAACACUUGAAAACGGGGCCUAGCUUUGCUGAUGCUGCUGUGGGAAGAAUUGCUCAGGGGACGAAAGUUCUUGCAGAAGGGGGUUAUGAGAAGAUCUUCCAACAGACUUUUGAGAAUACACCUGAAGAGAAACUUCAGAAGGCAUAUGCUUGCUAUUUGUCCACAUCGGCUGGUCCAGUGAUAGGAACUUUGUACAUAUCAACGGCCAAACUUGCAUUUUGCAGUGACAAUCCACUUUCUUAUAACGUUGGUGACGAGACUCAUUGGAGUCUUUACAAGGUGGUGAUCCCUCUGCACCAUCUGAAAGCAGUCAACCCGUCAACAAGCCAAGCGAGACCCGCUGAAAAGUUCAUACAGGUUAUCUCCAUCGACAAUCAUGAAUUCUGGUUUAUGGGCUUUGUAUCCUAUGAUAGUGCAGUGAAAAUUCUUCGAGAAGCCCUGCAGCCCAACAGUCUGCAUUCUGCAUAAAAUCGAGGGAGGAUCUCCAUCCUACUGCCGGGACAUGAAUUGAAGUAAGACAACAUUUUGAUGUUAUACAACUGCUGUAGAAAUACAAAUGGUGAAAAACUUGCCGUAUUUGUUGUCAUAAUUCGCUUAUAGCCUAUAGAGAGUCUCUCCUCUAGUAUUUUGCUGCCUCCUGCUGGGUCGUGAUUUGAAGUAAGCCAAGAUUUUGAUGUUAUACAAACAACUACUGUAGAAAAAUACAGAUGGUGGAAAACUUGCCGUAUUUCUUUUCAUAAUUCUCUUAUAGCCUAGAGGGAGUCUCUCUAGUAUUGUUGCCUUGCCUUAAUAGACCUCAUUCAUAUUUGAUUUCUUCUGGGUAUGGAAUGAUGAAAACAGAGCAGAGUGUGGAAAUUAUUUGAACUUUUGUAGGUGGCAUCUGUAAUUUUGUUGAUUGAAAAGUAAAUAGUAUUGAUUAUUGUAUUCUACUGGC